AUGAAGGCUCUUUUCAACCGUUUCAAAAAGGAGAAGGAGCGCGAGAAAUUCUUGGUCCCGUCAGACGUCGACCCCAAUAUCCCAUCCGCCAGAGACAGAGAGAAACUCGACAUCCCACCUCUUCGUCAAUGGCCUCCACCGCCGCAGGGCCCACUCGAUCCCUCGCCCAACUCGUUCAGCUCAGCAAAGCCCCUCCCGCCUAUCGACAGAACGCCUAUUUCCGUUUCGCAUACCAACUCGCAGGCGAGCUCGGAAUCCCGAUCGUCUACACGCACUCCCGUCCCUCCCCCGUCUCUUGCACGCCCGCCCUCGCGUGCGCCGUCGACUGACGAACGUGGGGGAACCGUUACACGCACAGAAGCGCCUCGAUAUAAUUCUAUUGACGGCGCUUCCGCCGCAGCUGCUUCGCAUAAGGCCCGCAAGGCAACAGCGGAAGCAAGCUCUCCACCAGAUAGCGCCGGGCACAAGAAAGUCGCUUUCCUUUCGCCACCACCGACGCCCGCGCCGCUCGAGCGUGUAGUCAGCAACCAGUCUGAAUCUGGUCGUGCGAAUGGCGCGGAUACAUCGGCAAACGACGGCGGACACGCAAAGGCCGGAGGAAGUGGUAAUACCGCGAGUAAUGGCGAUGCAAUGCCCAAAACGCCCAAUGGACCACUCAGGACCACAGUGUCACGCUUCCAGGCCGUGCAUGGAUCGGAAACGCGUGGGACAGGCAAUGCGUCGACUUCAAAAGUAAAUGUUUCCAAGGGUGUCAAUGGGACUGCAGGAAAGGCAACAAACACAGCAACGCGUACCGCGAUAUCGCCGAAUUCCCAGAAAAACUUCGCAGACAACAUGAGCUUGAACGCCUCAAUGCGUUCGAACACGCCGUACUCUCAGGCAAGUCAGUCUUCCAGCCGGAUACUUGCGACUGCAUCGUGGAGCGAAGCUGCUGAGGAAGACCUCGUUUCAAACAUUGGUCCACGAGAGCGUACGCGUCAGGAGGUUCUUUGGGAGAUCGUGGCAAGUGAGGAACGAUAUGUACUUGAAUUAACAAAGCUCAAAGAAACGUUCAUUGAACCUCUGCUACAUCCAUACGCUGCACCACCCAUCUGUUCACCUACACCGCUAGAGAAUGACGAAUACUUUGCUCGCGUCGAAUCUCCGCGAGAAUCUAUUGAUCAUCUUCCCAUCGCCGCACGGUUUCUCUCACCAACGCCCGGCUUACGACCGGAAACGCCUGCGGCGUCCAAGAAUGGCGCACAUAAUGCUGACGGGGAUUCGCCCGAUUCUGAUGACGACGAGGCGCAAGACCAAAUCGGCAGAGGCUAUACAGGGAGUACUAGUCGCGUGCAACAACGAAAUGGUAUUGCUAGUUCUGCUGUUGCGGCAGCGAUCGCGAAGUUCAAUCACCCUCGAUCGCCUUACAAUACUACGGCACAACGAACACCGCGGGGCAAAGCGCCGCUUCCCUUCCCAAGUCGUUCACACCAAUCAUUGCCUCCACCGCCGCGUGUCGCGCAGCAAGGCUCCAGUGCGUCGCUUGGGCGUCAGUCUAUAUACGGAACUGUGCCUGAGCGUGAAGUCUCCUAUGCAGCAACGGGGCAGACGGACAAGACGGACAAGACUUCUGCAUCACGGGUUUUGAAGAAGCUGAGGCGUACAACACCCCAACCGGACUCCCUGAUGGGCGACUCGGUCCCUCCGAACCAACUACCCGAGGACUUACGAAAAUGUUUGGAGGUUAUCGAGACUGGAAUUUUUAAUGGCCAUAUUACACUAAGCGAAGGCUUAAGAAAGCGAUACGAGGAGCAAUACCCUCUUGUUCGAAGUUUGGCUGAUGUUUUCGUUUCUAAUUCGCAUAUUUUACGCGAAUAUGCAACAUAUGUGCUACACCUCGAGCGAGCUCUCGAGCAAGUCGACAAUGCUUUAUCCACAGCAAGCGAUAAGAAGAAACCCAAGAAUCAGGAUAGCGCUAUGUGGGUGAAAGUUUGCAAGACUCUACACAGAUUAGAACAGGAUGCUGUCGAGAAGGGCGAGACUGGGCUGGCCAUCUCGCUUUCGAAACCAUUCCAACGCUUACUCAAAUACCCAUUGCUUUUCCAAAACUUGCUUUACCAUACGGAUCCAAGCACUUUUGAGUACGAAAGCACGUUAAUGAUGGUCGCAGAGGUAGAGACCAUCGUCCGCAGUAUCGAGGAUGAGAAGAUACAGAAGGAGGAGCGGGAUCGCACGCGGGAUGCUUUUGCGCGGAUAGAAGGGCUUGAGAAGGUCAGGCAACUUGCGUUGCCGAAGCCUUCACGCCUCCUCGUUGAAGAGCGACCUCUUGUGACGCCUUCCCAGACCCAGUCGCAACCACAGUCGUCACCUGCACGACCUCCUCCACCUUCUGCUGCCAACAACGCUUCGUCGCGGAACGUAAAGGGCAAGUCUUCAUUCCGCAGACUGAGCGACGUCCUACAGCAAAGCAGUCAGAACGCCGUUGGUGGGAAGAAGGACUUGUGGUUGGUUGUCUUUAAUGACGUCGUGCUGCGAUGCCAACGGACGGGAAUUACAACGUUACCCCUUGCAUCUUCGACAAAUUCGAGGACAAAUUCGUUACCAGACUUGCAGGCGAAAGCAAAAUAUGCGUCAACAGGUCGCAAGGGUGCGCAUACAAAGCCGCGAAAUCUCUAUAAAUUCAUAAAGAUUGAAAAUUGGGCUAUUGCCGGCGUGCCUGAUCCCAAGCAAGGCGUCAUUGCGAUGGACGAUGUCGUGCGAUCCCGAGCAACUGUCCACUCUGCUGCCCCAACAGGGAGAUCGUCGGUCAUGCCUCCAGAAGAAGAGGACGACGGAGCUGACUCCUCUGACUCGGAUCGGAAGAGCAAGAUGAGUUUCUCGUAUUGGGGCGCGGACAAAGUCACGAUCCAUAAGCCUGCUGUUCCCAAGGCUCGCUCGCCAAUAGCGGGUAACCGUAGAGGUGCGCUCACGCCGUUGGGCUACGGUCGAGAGUCGUCUGCGAAUGCGAAGUUCGGGAAUCGGCUCGUUCAUAGCCCGGAACCACAUAUGCACCAUCGUGAUUAUCAUCCACACGUGCGUCCAGCGAGUCGACGUACCCAGGCUACGCCAACUUCGCGGCGACCUGGACAUUCUGAGGAUGGACAUGCGUCUGCCAAGUCUACUGUGACAAGCGCGACUGCGUCUCGGCCCGCAUGGGAUGGUAGUACCCGCUCUGCUGGGACGACUACACCUACGUCGACACGGACACGAGUGCGAAAUAUUUCUCAGACGAGCGGAGCUAAGAUGCCUGCGGCAGCAGCUAACAAACUCCUCGCGUCACCCGCACCGUCUGAAGAUUCUGGAGUGGGUCUAUACCGCAAGCUCAUGGAACGAGAUUCGCAGCUGAACGUUGGUGUUUAGGUUCAGGUUCAGGUUCAAGUCCAAGUUCCAGCUAUUAAAGUCUAGCUUUUAGUUUUGGCUCAAUCUCUUACAUUCAUUCACGUUUUAAUCGGAUACACUUUACUUUCUAUCCCUCCUCUCUCCUCCCCCUCUCCCCUGAUUCCCCUCCUUUUCUCUACUCUUCGUGGUGCUUUUCACUGCUUUGGCGCGUUAGUUCUGCUUCAGAAUAUUUUUUCAGGUUGUGUGAUGUGUUGUUCGUCAGUCAUGGUUCGUUCCAUGUAAAUGUCCAUGCUUUGUGUGCUUUUUACCUGCUUCAAUAGCUUUGCUUUCUAUUCCCUUAUUCCGUGGAAGCAAAUCAUCAUUAAUACAUAUCUCAACCCAACCCUCUCAAACAGAUAUCCACCCCGCUC